CACAGGUUAAAAAGUCCAAGAACUUGCAUGGAAUUCUCAUUCUUCUCGUCCGCAUUAUCAGAAAGGAGUUGGAAGUGAACGGCGCAAUAUUUGGCGCCCUCAUCCAUCCCCCCUCACCGGCAACCCUUGAAUGUCCGAAGAAGAAGAAAAAACUCGAAGUGUGUGUUGUUGGUAGAAGAUCUCAAUAAUCAUCAGUUGACAGAGUAUAGAAGGAAUAAUACAGACCCGCUGAGUGUUUCCACCGCGGGGACACUGACAUGUGCUCACUGUUUCUUCUGCUGACUUUUCUGUUCUCCAUAUUUUAUUUAACAGAAGGUCGUAUGAUUUCGUGCGCUUGCACGACCAGACAAUGUUUAGAAGAAGGAACGAAAACAUGCAAUACAACAAGUCUCUGUUUCAGUCAAUUCUUGGAUCGGAAAGAUGGAUCUGACCCAUUGGUCAGGGGCUGCGUUGCUGGCAGCACACCCCUUCUAUGCGAAAACAGGCGGCCCGCUAUUGGUUUGCAUCGACAAUGGCCGGUACUCAUGUGCUGCAAUAAACACAUGUGCAAUGCCAAAGUUUACCCAACGAUGCCAACAACAACAACUCCUUUUAUUCUUCCAGUGACCAGUCAUAAGCCAAUUCUAUUUGAGCCACCAUCUUCAGCAGAAACUGGUGUCUUGGAAUCCAAUGCUUGGUAUGUGGUGAUGUUGGUAGCCGCUGUCCUUCUAUUUGGUGCCCUGGUAGCCAUUGGAAUUUUUUUCAUCACAAGACAAUCCACUUUCUUUGAUCCGGAAUUCGGUGUUGUUGGACCCAACGGUUAUGUAAAAGGAUGCAAUGGACAACGUCCCAUACCUUCCAAAGGACUAGAAAACAAACUGGUUUCUGAUACGUGAUCCGGGCUGACCCCUCAAUGUUAUCCGAACAAAUUUAUAUAGUACACAGUAUCCGGCGGGACACGGAUCACUUUUUACAUACUAUUUAUAAGCGCACUAAUUUUGCAAAUGUGAAUAAAGAUCCACCAUUGAAGACCUUCAAGAUUUUCAGCAAUAUACCGAAAUAUAUAAAAUGGGUUCGAAAUCGAAAUUACAUUGAUCACUAAAAUAUGGCACUUACAACUUACAAAUAAAACUGAAAACAUUAAAAUCAGAAACAUGUUUACAAAUUUUCAAAAUGACCACUCUGAACCUUAAUGAGGAGCUGUAAUAAAGUCACAUAAUUCUUAUGGGCCAAAACUCACCUUCUGAUGUUUUAUCUCAUACCUAAACACAAAGAUUUUUGAAGGAUGCUACAUUUUAUGAAGUCUAGCUCUAAAGAAAAUCCAAAGUCAAGUCUAUAGAAAAGUUCCAAUGAAUGCAAGCUGGUGUAAAAGAUGGCUGCACUUGUUCUAUAAAAAAAAAUCGGAAGAAAGUGCCUUUCUUCAUUCUUCAAUGCCUUUACUUCUAUGUGCUGCAGAAAAAUCACGCAGGAAGGUUCAUUCUUUUGUUUCCAAAGAACUUUUUUGACCAAGGAAUCUUACCAAAUGAGUUUUCGAUUACAAUUCUUGGUUAGGAGCUUUGUCCGAACUAUUUCAUGUCAUACUGUGCAUAAAGAAAAUUAUGUUAUCCAUUUUAAAUUUAAGCUGUAACUAGAUUUUGUUUUGUUGAUUAGUCUACAAGGAUUUUAAUGCUUCAUGGGGUCCAUUAUUAGGUUAGUCUAAAUAACUAGAUUGUAACUGUAACUAGAUUUUGUUUUGUUGAUUGGAACCAUUAUUGGAUUUGUUCUCCGUUUGAUCUUGGUCACUGUUGAAAGCAGUUUAUCUUCACGAAAUGUGACUACGUGUAAUUGUUCCUAUUCAUAUAUGUACCUUCAUUAUUUAUUUCAGACUUUUCAUACAUUAAUGUGAUUAAGCAUUCAUUUUUAGUUACUAUUGUAUUUGUAUGCAUUCCUGCUAACUUUUACACUUUGCAAGAAAUUUUUUUUUCUGGUGGCUAUUGCCUUGCUAUCAAUAAUUGUAAACUAGUAUUACACUAAAAUACAGCCAACGCAUUCAGGGUAAUGGAGUGUCUAGCCCAGGGGGCUAUCCGCUGCUUCUUCGAAAAAUUAUUAGAUAGAGGGAAUAGAGGAGAUGAGAUUUUGUUGUUAGCUAUUGAACGUAUAUAUAUAAUUCUUUGCAAGCAGGCUUAAUAUAUAUACUAUUAAAUUAUUUAAAUGUAGUGGUAGUCAAAAUAAUUUUAAGUCGAAUUUAUUAAAAUAAAAGUAAAAUGAAAUAAAUUUUGGCUACCACAUUAAAUAUAAAAAUAAAACUUACGGAAAAGUUAGCAGGUAUGUACAUCUAUUCCAUUACGGCCCCAGGCGCCCAGAUAAAUAUUGAUGAUGAUGACAUCUAUUCCAUUCCUAAUGAAACAUUGUUUAAGUUAAAUCAUAUAGGUUGGCGACAGUUAGAGAUAUUUUUUUUCACCCUCCUGAUGGAUUGUUUUAUUUCUAAUAAACAUUAUGAUUGUUCAGAAAAUCAUUCCUCGAUUUUUCAUAUUUUGUUUGAAAUGUAAACAUUUGCCUUACUUUUCGUAGCCGAAAAAGAGGUUCGAAAUCUUAGAUUUAAGAAUAUCUUUGUCCUUAUCGUGGUGUGAAAUUGGUGUAUUUUGAUAUUGGACAACAGGCAUAUAUUUUUGCAUAUAUUUUGAUAUUGGACAACAGGCAUAUAUUAUUGUGAGUACGGUUAACAGUUAAGUCUGUGAAGCCACAAAAUGAAAAAGAAAAAAUCAGCGCUGUCAAUAGCUGAUUCAAGUUUGCGAACGAUAUUUAAGCGUUCUCUGUGGUAUGAAUAUUACGGAGCUUAUUUAAAAGUUAGCAGGGCAGAAAUAGGUCGAAAAGAAUGAUAGAUAUGAUCGUAAGUAAUUUAAUGUUAUGUUAUGGCAGUUUUCUCGCCAAGUGUGAAUUUUUAAAAUCUGUUGUAUAUAAAACUUAUUUACUUAAUUUGUUUCAAACGAUUUUUAUUAUAUUUAUGCGUUUGAAGGGGCUUUUCUGCCAGUAAAAAUUCAUUUUAUAUAAACUAAUGUGAUAACUGCAGCAAGAAAACAAGAAAAUUUUACUUAAAUUUGCUUGAUUUAAUGUUACUAAUUUCUUGAGCAAUAAAAUCUAUACAUUCAAUUAAUAUAGAUAAUUGUUAAUAUGGAUUCUAAAAUUAUUUAAAGCUAAAUACUUUCUUCUCAGGCUGGUCCUGUUGUUAAGUAUUAAUAUUAUUUUUUAUACUCCAGGAUAAAAUAGUUUUUUUUUUUUAAUGUUAAAAUUUUUACAAAAAUGCUAAUCGAAUUCGAACAGAUACUUAUCGAUGAAUAUUAUAUUAAAUUACUUUAUAAAGUAUUACAGAUUACUUAAAAUUAGUAGUGUAACAUCUGAAAUGAAAGAAAUAAUUGAUUAUUUUAUAUAAUGGUCAAUAAUUUUACUGCGAUUGUAUUGCUUUUAACUGACUGCAUUGCUUUUCGCUUGUAUUAUCAUUGUUUGGAGUCUGGAUUUAUGUCUCAAUAAUAAUGAUUAGAAUAAUACAUAAAAGUUGAGAUUUUUUUUUAAAUUUUUCUUUCUUUAAAAAAAAGUUUGCUGCAAAUGACUACUAAUUUUAAAAAAAAUUGUAACAAAGUAGAGCAAAAUUUUCGAUAUAAUUAUGUUGAUAUUUGUAAUAUUCCUUCUGAAUUAAUUUGAUUUCCUUAAAUUUUAUAAGAUUAUUGUUCAAAACCACUGCGUCCUUUAAUUAAAGAUAUAGAUUUAAAGCAAUUAAGAAAGAUACUUAGGACGAUGCUCAUUUUUAUUAUUACAUGAAUAAUAUUGAUUUUUUUUCCAGUUUUAUUUUAAUAUAAUAUUCAUUUGUUAUUGUUAUCGUUUUUACAAAAAUUAUUACAACUGUAUUAAAUUUACUGCUCAAAUUCAUUUUAGAAAUGUUCAUUAUUACUGAUUAUAUCAUUGACUUAAUAUCACGUGUUAUUAUCCCAAAUAUGUUAUAAAUGUAUAGAUAAAAUCUAUUUUGUAAAUACCGUGAGAUGUACAUUUCAUAUUUUUGU